GAAGAGUAUAUAUAGCAAUUAUCAGUGGUGCCAUGCGAUGCAACACCAGCUGCCUCAUAGCAGCAGAAGCACACGUAGCCCCUCCAUGGCGAAGAAGAUGUUGCCAGCGGCGGCUUACGAGCUCUUCUCCUCCCUCCUCCACACCGUCACGGUCAUUGCCCGGCCACCGCCGCCCACGCGCAGCUCGCCCACCGUCCACCGAUGCGCCCCUCCCGCGGCGCGGCUCGCCGGCGAGGGGACCACGCUGGUCGUCGACGUCGACGGCGCCCUUCUCCUGCCGCGCCACACCCUUCUCUUCGCCUACUUCAUGCUCGUCGCCCUCGAGGCCGGCAGCUUCCUCCGCGGCCUCGUCCUGCUCCUCCUCUACCCCGUCAUCUCCUGCCUCGGCGCCCUCGCCGGCCGCGACGCGGCCGUGCGGGCCAUGGCCGCGGUCGCCUUCUGCGGGCUGCGCGAGGGCACGUUCCGCGCCGGCCGCGCCGUGCUGCCGCGGUGGCUCCUGGAGGACGUUCAGGCAGAGGCGCUGGAGGUUACGCGGCGGGCCGGCGACCCGGCGCGGGUGGUGUGGGCGAGCGCCAUGCCGAGGGUGAUGGUGGAGCCGUUCCUGAGGGAGUACCUCCAGGUGUCGCCGGCGGCGGCCGUCGCGGCGAGGGAGAUGAAGACGGUGUGGGGGUUCUACACCGGCCUCAUGGAGUACGACUGCGACGUAAGAGAGGACAUGUCGGUGCUGAGGCAGAAGACGGCGGCCGGAGGCGACGAUGACGACGUCGUGGGGUUCUCCGCUGGCGAUUCCAUGGAGUUCCUCUGCAGCCCUCUGUCAUCAAUUUGCAAGGAGCUGUACGUCGUGCACACGGAGGAGCAGAGCAAAUGGCGGCGCCUGGCCCGGCGCGACUACCCGAGGCCGCUCGUCUUCCACGACGGCAGGCUGGCGUUCCUGCCGACGCCGCUCGGCGCCGUGGCCAUGUUCACGUGGCUCCCCCUGGGCGUGGCGCUCUCCGUCGUCCGCCUCGCCGUCGCGAUGGCGCUGCCGUACCGGUACGCCACGGCGAUCCUCGCCGCGACGGGCCAGUCGUGGCGCCUCCGCGGCGCGCCCCCGCCGGCAAACAUCCGCCGCGGCGGCGCCGCAUCCUCCGGCGAGCUCUACGCGUGCAACCACCGCACCCUCAUCGAUCCCGUCUACGUGUCCAUCGCGCUCGACCGGCGUGUCCGCGCCGUGUCCUACAGCCUGAGCCGCGUCUCCGACGCGCUCUCCCCGAUCGGCCCCACCGUCCACCUCGUCCGCGACCGCUCCCGCGACGGCGCCGCCAUGGCGCGGCUCCUGGGCGCCGGCGACAGCGUGGUGGUCUGCCCCGAGGGCACCACCUGCCGGGAGCCCUACCUGCUCCGGUUCAGCCCGCUGUUCGCCGAGCUCGGCGGCGACCGCGGCGUCGUGCCCGUGGCGCUCGCCGUCGAGAGCAGCAUGUUCCACGGCACGACGGCGAGCGGGUGGAAGGGCGUCGACCCCUUCUACUACCUGGCCAACCCCAGGAUGUGCUACACGGUGGAGUUCCUCGACAGGGUGGACACGGCGGCGGUGGCGGAGGGGAAGGCGGCCAGCACCGACGUGGCCAACGCCGUGCAGCGGCGCAUCGCGGCGGCGCUCGGGUACGAGUGCACCAUGCUCACCAGGAAGGACAAGUACCUCAUGCUCGUCGGCAACGACGGCGUCGUCGCGGCGCCGCCACGGCGGACGCGCGCCGACGAUAUGCGUGUGCCCGUUCGUGCUCCCACUGGCUGCAGAUAACCGUGUCCGAUUAAUGAAAAUCGUGCCACACUACACGUACAGUACUCAAAAGAGAAAAAAUUCAGGGGAAAAUAGAAAAAAUAGGGACUAUAUUAUUCCGUUUAAGAACGGUUUUUGUAUUUUGUAAGAUGCUUGAUGCCUUGACCUCUCUUUUUUCCCCACUUUUUGUGAAUAUACGAUGUAAUGUAGAGGUUGGUGUGUAUAAAAUUAAGGGAAUGUACUUAAGAAAUGAGAGAAUAUUAUGUCAUCUUCACUAGAAGAGGAUGGGUGAUCU